AUGGAGCGAAAUGAGCUCAAGAACACAGUGGAAGGUCUAAGAAUAAGGAAUAAGGAACUUGAAAGUCGGGAAGAAGCCCAUUUAUCCAAGAUUGACAAUUUGAUAUUGGAGAAUGACAGUCUAAGGAGGACAUUGGAAGAGAAAGAGCGAGCAUUUAAAGAAAUGAAGGACAGUCGUGACUCUCUAAAGGAGGAGACUGUCUCACUGAGGGAAUGGGACGACUACAAUCGAGACAAACAGGGGAUAAUGAGUAGAGAGAUAGACACUCUCAGAGAUAUGUUAAGAGUAGCCAAUUCUGAGAAUGCCCGUCUGCGCCACAGGCCAUUGGAGUCAGCCCAUGAAUUGAGGUCACAAAUCGGGAGGCUACGAGGUGAGAAUUCUGUGCUGCAGGUGAAGCUUGAUCGGGCUGAUCUUCUGUAUAAAUAUUUAAAGAAGAAGGAUGAAAUGUUCACAGUUUGUUGUAUUGGUAGGAGAUCCCCAGUUGUCACGGAUGAUUCAUUUGCCCCUGAACUUGAUGGGAUGCGGUCACGAGUUCACAAAUUGUGUUCGGAGAGACUGAGCUUGCAGUUGAAACUUAUUGAGUCUAGAAAACAGAUUGACCAACUUCGAAGGGAGUUUAAAGAUAGGGAGUCGGAAGUUGUUUUAGUUGUGGUAAUUGUAGAUGGGGUAUCUCAGGCCCCAAUGUGA